GGAACGAGGCUACUCCAUGCCGCGAUCACAAAACUCAACCCCCUGAAAUCUCCCUCUCGUCUUCUCGUAUGCCGGCCACCCUCCGCGCCAUCCUCGCGGCCCCGAGCCCUCUCCCCGCGCGCUCGCUCCCCGCAGCCCAAGCCCUCCUCCUCACCUCGGGCCUCGCCGCUGACGCCGCCGUCCUCGCGCAUUUCGCCAGGCACCUCGCCUCCGCGACGCGCGCGCCCGCGGACGCCGUCCGCGCGCUGCUCCGCCUCCGCCCCCGCCCGCGCUGCGCGCACCCGUUCAACGCCCUCAUAUCCCACCUCACCCUCUCCGGCGACCCGUCCGCCGCGUUCCGCGCCUUCGCGGUCCUCGCCGCGGGCGGCGACGCCGGGCGGCCCGACGGGUACACGCUCCCGGCCGCGCUCAAGGCGUGCGCGCGGCUCGGCGGCGGCCUCCGCGAGGGCCGCCAGGCGCACGCGGUCGCCGCCAGGGGCGGGUUCCUGGGGCGCCUUCCCGUCCGCAACGCGCUGGUCACGCUCUACGGCGCGUGCGGUGAGUGCGGCGACGCCAGGAGGGUGUUCGACGAAAUGGCGGGGCGGGACGUCGUGUCCUGGACCGCCCUGGUGUCCGCGUUCGUCAGGGGACGGAGGUUCGCCGAGGCUCUCGCGGUGUUCGGCGAGAUGGACGUUGCGCCCAACGAGGGGACGUUGGCUAGCGCGCUGGUCGCGUGCGGGAGGCUGGGGGCUGUGCACGCUGGGAAGGCCGUGCACGGGCGGUGUCUUAAGAGGGAGAGGGGGCUGGAACUCAUCGUUGGGAAUGCUUUGCUAGAUAUGUAUGUCAAGUGCGAGAAGUUGGAUCUUGCAAGGCGGGUGUUCGACAGGCUCUUGGUGAGGGACAUUGUAUCUUGGACGGUCAUGAUAAGUGGUUUGGUCCACUGCAGGCUUCCAAGCGAGGCAUUGGAGCUGUUCAAUGGGAUGCAGACAUCAGGGGUGAAGCCAGAUAAGGUUGUUCUCUCCACUGUCCUCUCAGCUUGUGCGAGCUUAGGCGCGCUGGAGUCUGGGAGGUGGGUGCAUAAAUAUAUAGAGCGUAAAGGCAUCGAGUGGGACGUGCAUGUGGGGACAUCAUUGGUUGAUAUGUACGCAAAGUGCGGGUGCUUGGAAACUUCUCUUUCAAUCUUCCAUAAGAUGUCCAUCAAGAAUGUAUCAUCUUGGAAUGCGUUGAUCAAUGGGUUCGCAUUGCAUGGUCAUGGUAGGGAAGCUCUUGUGUACUUUGACAGGAUGGUGGCUUCAGGCUUGCCCCCCAAUGAAGUCACCUUUAUAAUCGUCCUUGGUGCUUGCUGCCACACAGGUUUGGUGCAACAAGGCCUUGGGUUGUUUAAUUUGAUGAAAAAUUCGUACAAGCUCUCGCCAUGGGAAGAGCAUUACGGUUGCAUGGUUGAUCUUCUUGGCAGAGCUGGGCUCAUCCAAGAAGCAUAUGGUUUAAUUAAGGUCAUGCCUAUGACGCCUGCUGUGUCCACGUGGGGAGCCCUGCUGAGUGCAUGCCAAGCUCAUGGGCGUGUAGAGUUCUCACAGCAGAUUCUAAGGCAUGUCCAUGAGCUGGAGUCCUCUGGGAGUGGGGUUUAUGUACUCCUCUCAAAUUUAUAUGCUCUGAAUGAUAGAUGGACUGAUGUAAAGAGGGUGAGAGGGCUGUUGAGUGCAAAAGGCUUGUGGAAGGAGCCAGGAUCCAGUUUGAUUGAGGUGAAUGGUAAGACCAGUGAAUUUGUAGUUGGACAGACGAACCAUCAAGAUAUGGAUGCGAUAUGUGCAACGCUUUUCAUGCUAAUGAGGCAAAUACAUUUGGAUGGGCUAUAA